AUGAAGUUAAAAAAAAAUAAUAAAAAAAAUAAGAAGAAGAAAAAGAAGAAACAACAAGCACGAGAAGCAGAAGAUGACGAGCUGCAUGCAUUCUUGCAUUACGGAGUACGCAUGGCACAGAUGAAGAAGAAGAAAAAACGCCUGGACUUUUCUUUGCUACCAAUAAUAGAAGACAGCAUAGGAUUUUAA